GAAUAAACUUAUAUUCCAGUGGGAAUGUGGCGCGGUUUUCUCUGCUCUGUUAUUGCAAUGUCAAGAUAGUUAAGUAAGUGCUGGUGGCUGCCAGUCUCAUCAGAUUCUCCUCUGGCUACUCAUCAGUCAUCACCAAUCACCAAGGCCUCUCCUGUAUCUCUACUAGUCCUCUGUAGCCGGUCCCGGUCGCGGCCAUCCCGGCGCGGCCCGGCGGCGCGAUGGCGGACCAGCCGAUGACGGAGCUCAGCCUGCCGGAGCCGGCGCCGGCGCUCGACUCGCUAACCGCCGCCGAUGACGACAGCCGGCUGAAGAGCGAGAUCAUCGACGAGCUGUUCGGCGUGCCGGCGCUGGCUGAGCCGGACCCGGAGCCCGAGCCCGAGCCGGACCCGGGGCCGAGCCGCGCCUCGCUGCGCACCUCCCUCGAGGAGGAGGAGGGGUCAUCGGGGGAAAACCUCGACAGUGUGGCACUCAACCUGGAGCACGCGCUCUCGGAGGUGUUCGGAGAGGUGGAGGGAGCCACCGGCGGCAGUGGCGGCGGCGGCGCGGACGGUGGUGCGGCUGGUGACGCUACUGGUGCCGCCCAGCCCACCACUGGUGAUAUAAAUGGUCAGCCGGUUAGUAACGGCCAGGUGGAGUCGUCACACCCACCGGAGACUGUGAAGGAGGGACAGCAGCCUCCGCCAGCUCCUGCCGACACCGCAGCGGACGACGAUGACAUUGUGGUGUUGGAUGAGGUGAUCCCGGCACCGUCGGCCAGUACCGCCACCAAGCGUCGGCUCCGCGGCCCGGCCAGCAAGAGGAAGGACUUUGCGCGGCUGGGGCCGCCCAGCAGCCGUAUGCCGCCUGUAGAGACUCACGUGUCCUCAGACUCGGAGAUCGAAGUGGAACAAACCUGGACGCCACAGGAAAUCAAAAUGAUGCAUGAGGCGCGUCGUCUGAAGGUGGGCGUUGAUCUGCGGCUGAACAACGUCUGCCAGGAGAGUAGCCAGACGGUGCGGCAGUGGUCGGUUACACUGCAGCAGAGACGGGACGCCCGGAAAAGGUACUGGGAAGAGGUGCGCCGCGGGCCGCCGCGGCGGCCGCCGCCGCCUCCACCGCGCCGCUCCUCGCGGGGCAGGGGCCGCGGCAGGGGACGCGGCAGAGGAGCGGCGCCGCACAGACCGCCGCUGUCCGCCGUGCCGCCCGCGACUGCCGUGAAUUUUGCCGCCACCAAGCAGUUAAUGAAUCUGAUUAACCGAGGCGUGCUGCAGAUGAACAGUGUUUCCAGUGCACCGACGGUGAACGGUCGGCCAACCGUCACGACGACGGUGGCGGCGCCACGCGGCCGCGGCCGCGGGCGUGGCCGUGGCCGUGGCCGCAGCCCGCAGACGGCAGGGGCGAUGGGGCGUGGCCGCGCCAUGGUGCAGAUACCUGCGAGUAGUCUCCAGCGCGCGUACGGAUCGCCGACGGAGCAGGGGCGUACCGCCAGCAUCGCCAGCCCGCAUCUCGCAGCAAAACCAUCGGCGGGAGCCGCCGAGCUGGCCGCCAUCCCCGACCUGGGCGAGAAGCAGCGCUCCCAGCUUAUGAAGCUCCUCAAGGGCAACAACGGCACGUCGAUCUCUGCUGCGCCGGUCGGACCGCCGCGCACUCUCGGCCGGCCGCCGAACCGGCGUCGGGGUGCGCUGCCGCGGCCGGCGCCUCCGCCGAUCGCGCCCGCGCCCGCUCCUGCGCCGAAGCCAGACACGCCCCAGACGAUUCCGCCCUACUGCUACACGACCAGUGGCAACCCGGACGAUCUCUUCUCGGUGUACCUGUCGGCGCCGCAGCAGCCGGAGAACUGCUUCGUCAACAUGCAGGUCAACAACCAGUGCCUGAAGGUGCGCCUGCCGCCGCGGCCGGCCGCCACCGGCAUGGUGUUUGCCCAGGUAAUGCGCAGCACCAUGGAGCCCAUCUGUGAGGUGAUGGUUGACUCGAGCGUCUUCAUACCCCCGCCGCCGAGCUGCGAGCAGCCCGGCAUACAGACCUCCCGGCCGGGACCCAAGUCGCGCCAGGUGCAACCGGCGCAACAUCGAGCACAGCAACAGCUGGCACAGCCUCAGGCACAGCAGCAGCAGAAGGCGCAGCAGGAGCCGGCGGUGAACGCCUACGGCUGCUCCAAGUGCUCGCAGCGCUUCCCGACGUCUGCGAUGCUCGAGUACCAUUUCUCGGUGUUCCACCAGUCGAUAUCGGUGGGCGACUCCCGGGACGUGAUCCAGUGUCCGAUGUGCACUCACUGGAGGGGGCCGGCGCUCCGCCUGCGCACCCACGUGGCCGUGAUGCACCACCCGGGCACCAACCGCAACUUCUCGUGCUCGAUAUGCGGCCGCGCCUGGAACCGACGCGCACCCGGCGCGCACGACCAGUGGCUACGACACAUCAUGGACCACGCCCAGCCAGCGUCGACAGCGGCGGUUCCGCAGCCGCGCCCGCCGCGUCGUGAGGGAGCGCGCGCUCAGCCGACUGCCUUCAAGCAGUUCCAGUGUCCCCAGUGUAGGGCUGUGUUCCCUGACGUCUCACUGUUCCCCGCGCACUGGCUGAAGGUACACGCUGGCGGCAGCAGUAGUGCCGCGCCUGUGCCCGUGGCCUGUCCGGCCGGAGCGGCGCAGUCGGCACCGGCGCAGCGCAAAAGUGCCGCGCAGGAGUCGCGCUUCGCGGCGCGGUUCGAGUCCAACUCGACCACGGCGACGCCGACGACCUCGACGGCGGCAGCGACACCGUCGGCCGGCGACGAGGGCUCCCUGCGCUGCACGCGCUGCGGUGAGGUGUUUCCCAAUGAGCCGGCCUACGCCCAGCACUGGAUCAACGCCCACACGCGCGUCAAACUCUCUGCCGAGCAGCAGGCGGCGGCAUCGCGGGCGGCCGCCGCUGCCGCCUCCGCCCCCGCCGCCGGCCCUGCCAGCGCUGCCGCUGCGCCCGACUCAUCUUCACCCCCACCCCCGCCGGAGCCGACCGAGACGACGGGCAGCGCUCCUGCCCCGUCAGCGGACGGCGAGCAGGCUCCGUCAGCGGACGGCGAGAAGGCUCCGUCAGCGGACGGAGGUCAGGAACCGUCAGCGGCUACUGACGACUCUGUGAUGGACGUAUCUGAGAACACUGCUCCUACGGGCCCGGCAGGGGAAGUGCUGGACAGUGCUGCCAUGGACACGUCUGGGAACGAGCCGCCGGCCGAUGUGGCCAUGGACGGUGUCUCAGAUGAAGGCGCAGUGCCGCCGACCGGUACGGAGAACGGAGCGCUGACCGGCCCUGUGCCACCUCCUCUGGACCCGGCGGACGAGGUGGCGAACCUAGUGCCCUCCGACGCCGACUUCGAGAUGAGUGAGGAGACGCUGGACAGGAUGCUGGAGCAGAUAGUGCCCGUGAAAAAUCGAAAGUAGCGCGUCCGUCGGCUGGGCCGUGCGGUGGGGAAUGCUGCGAUCGGGAAGGAAGUGUGAGCAUAACACAAGGCAGUAGUUUAUACUGGCCUGAUUUUGUAAUGUUCUGGUGUUCACUGCAGGGCGGCGCUGGUGUACAUACAGGUGGCGCUUCUCCUUGGAGCGAGACCCUAUGGAAUGAGGCACGGGCUGGAAUGGCUCGCUGCUGUACGUAAUGAAUCACAAUUCCCUGUUGAUCACCCGCGAUAGGUUAUGUUCAUUCUGUCACAUCAUCUUGGGAGGGGAUAUAACGUCCACUCCGUAUCGUUGUGAGCCUGGAUAUUGUGUGCAACGAGUCAGGGGAUGACUAUGACAGCUGGGACUCCCGCAUUAUGUCGGGAAGGUAUGGUCAUGUAUUCAUUCGCUGCACGGUGUUCCCGUGGCAGGUAAACCCCCCAGCGAUUGCCAUGCUCGCUUUGUCGACUUUUCACUAGGAUGUUGAGGCCAUGUUCCGAAUCUGAUCGGACACUGUGUGGCGGUCUCUCACCAUUUUCGAUUUGUGUGCCUGGCGCCUGCUCCGUGUAUAUUUUUGGUAUUUAACGUGUUAUUUCUGUUAUAAUAAAUGGUAGGACAGCGA